UUGGCGUUAUCACGCAUACAGUUGGUCCUAGGUUCCUAUUGAUUGUAUUUUCUGUUCCAGUGUGUGCUCUCUCAAAACUUCACUGUAAUUACCAGAGUAUCAGAAGAACAGGGGUGUGGCUCAAACACGAUGACUGAUCGAACGAAACUGGUCUAUCAACAAGAUGGAGAACAGCUGCUUCAUACCGCUAAGGUUCUUUCAAUCGUCCCAGUAUCAGAACUUCCGAAGCCGGAUCAAGCUCUCGUAAAGGACUCAUCAGAUAUAGAGCAUGCUGUGAUCACAGAAUCUACCAUCUUCUAUGUUCAAGGCGGCGGCCAGCCCUCUGAUAUCGGAACCAUGACAAAGGCAAACUCAAGUUUUGAAGUGCAGUCGGUGCGUCAACCAGCGCAAGGUGGCCAAAUACUCCAUUUGGGCCGUUUUGUCCCAGUCGGAGCUACCGCGUUUGAUGCCGGAGAGGAAAUCCAGCAACACGUUGAUGCUGAGAAGCGCAAUCUCUACUCUCGUCUUCAUACCGCAGGACACAUCUUGGGCCUAGCAAUCAACGCGCUGUGUCGUGAAGGCGUGCUUCCUCCCCUCACAGAAUCAAAAGCCUCUCAUUAUCCGGACUCUGCAGCCGUUGAGUUUGGAGGUUUAAUUGAGGGUAAACAUAAGGAUGCGAUCCAGGCAAAGACGGACGAGUUUGUGCGAUCAGCCAGACCAGUAAAGAUUCAUUGGUGGUCCAUGGAAGAACUACUAGAGAAGUGCUCCGGUGUUACCGAAGGAUUUGAGCUGCCUGAGGGGGAGGUCAUGGGUAGAGUUGUUGAGAUGGAGGGUCUAGGAAGUUAUCCAUGUGGUGGAACGCAUGUUCAGGAUUGCAGUCAAGUGGGGAAGGUUGAGGUGAAAAAGAUCUCACGCUCUAAGGGAAUAAGCAGGGUGUCAUAUAGAGUCGCAUAGAAGUUGCAUCGAUUUUGUAAAGCAUAAAUUCUAGAGAUUAGCAUCAGCUCCCGGAGACAGAAGAGGCUUGUAGGUGAUGUCUCUGCGAUAUUCUUGUCUUAAAGUAUAUACUUAAUACUUUAUUAUAUG